CGGAGUAAAGUCGGACCGGUGUCCUGCAGUAUCUAGCCUGUCAAAAUGUCGGCUCCUGGACCUUCAGCCACAGGUGAUCCUGGAAAUCGGCGCCUGCAGCAGACUCAAGCACAAGUCAAUGAGGUGGUUGAUAUUAUGAGAGUUAACGUGGACAAAGUCCUGGAGCGGGACCAGAAGUUGUCUGAACUUGAUGAUAGGGCAGAUGCACUGCAAGCGGGUGCAUCCCAGUUUGAGACCAGUGCCGCAAAGCUAAAAAGAAAGUACUGGUGGAAAAACUGCAAGAUGUGGGCAAUACUGAUAGCUGUAGUUGUGGUAUUAAUCAUCAUUAUCAUUGUGUGGAGCGUUUCCUAAUCCUUCGGGAACAUGGAUCCUAACUGAAGCCAAACCAGUUGCUGCAGUUUUUUUUUUUUGGGGGGGGAUUUUUUUUUUUUUUUUUUGAUCUCUGAACCUGCUGUAUUCAAGAGUUUAUAUUCUAGCACAAGGAAAAAUGUUAGUUUAGAGUUAGUGUUUCUUGUUUAUAGUGUUAAGUGCCUUAAGUGAAACACAACCUAUUUAAUGCCAAACUAAUGGGCACAAUGAGCACUUCACACUGUGUCUUUAAACAAAGUUGAAUUUGAGUUUAUUAACUUUGCCCACUUAAAUUCUUACAUGACUUGUGGUGGCAUUUAUUUGUCAUUUUAAAUUGACUCAGCCCUGAGCAGAGAAAAGCAUCAGAUUGUGCGCUUAGCACAUUGUCAACUUGUGGGGGAUGCUGUGGUUUCUGACCUCCCAGCAACCUGAUUAACUGGUAUUGUUUUGAAGCAACUGGAGCCUCUUAAGAUACAGUUCUAUAAACUGUGUCAAAACCAAGCAAAAAUCUAACCGUAAAAAAUGAAAUCAUUUUAUAUCAUUUAAAUGGAGUGCCAGGUGAUAAAGCAUGCUCAGGUAUUUGUAGAAACACACUCUACUAAAGGGAAAACCCGCCCUAGUUUUAAUAGACAAUAAAAUCUAAGAACUUUGUUUUCUAAA